AUGUCGGACACUAGUGUAGCACUCUCCAACGUGGAUCUUUCCUUUAUUGAAGAAACGGAGGAAACAGAUGCUUUUGGAUUUCGAGAACUUUCUAAAGACUUGUUUCUUUUGGAACAUGAGGCUGCAAAGUCUUUUCUCACCCAACCAUCCAUAUUUUCUCGAGAAUUUUUUACCAUCUCUAAUGCUCUUGGCCUCUAUGCUCAUGUAAGCGAUAAAGGAGUUCAUAUAUCAUCACUCGCAUAUGUACAUGAACAUUUGAAAAAAACAUCUUCCAAUCAAUCUUUAUAUUGCUAUGAUACAAAAUCUAUUACUCCGAAUAUUAUCAAAUUCUCUGAAGAUGGAAUGUUUUUAUUUAUUGGAUUACAAAAAGAAUUAAUAAUAAUUGAAAUGAUCAUUCCAGACAAGAUUGAGAAUGCUAUCAAUUUCAAAACUCACAAACAUACUCUAGAACAAGAUAUUUUUGAAUUUGAUGCUUCAAAGACUUCUAAAUUAUUUAUCGUAACCUCUGAUGAAAAGUGCAUUUUUUUAGAUUAUUCUAAUUUGAGCCAUUUGAAGAGCACUACAUUGAAAUGUAUCGAUAAGGUAUCCACUGUUAGUUCAAAUUCUAAAGAAAUACAUCAAUCAAGAUUACUGGUAGGAACAAAAGAUGGAAGUAUUUGUUUAGUGGAUUUUGAUUCGGAUCAACUCUUAGCAAAAUGCCAAAUCAAUGAGCAAGAGAAUCAACACAUUUAUUCAUUGAAUUGGUUUGAUGAUGAUCAUGCUUGUUGCUCAUUGGUAGACAACUCUUCCUAUUUAGAGUUUUGUAUCUUUACUAUAGAUACAGAGAAUUACCAAGAAUCAUUUGUUACAAAUUUUGUGAACACAGAUACCUUUUUUGCCAACGAAGGAAGACAAGAUCCAAGUAGUAGAAUUUAUUCCUACUAUCUCUCUCAUUGGAAAGUGUUACUUGCUACAUCAAGUACUGAUUUUAAAAUUGCAGUAUUUACAAAGAAUUCUGAAACCAAUGUCUUUGAAUUAGUUCCUUUGAAAUUACCCGUGGAUACUUUUCCUAGAUAUGCCGAGGAAGAUGCAUUCCCAAUUGGAUUUGAUAUUGAUCUAUGCUAUAACAAGACAGUACCUAAUAUUAGAGAAAAAUCUGAAGGAGAUCAUCCAACACCACCUCUAGUUCAUGCUUAUUUAACAUCAGGUGAACAUGCUGUUUAUUAUUUUGCUAAAUUUGGAGAAACAAAGGCAUAUCCAAAUGAUUACAAGAUUGAAAAGGUGAAUAUUGAACAAGUGAAUGAAUUGGUGCCACUGGAAGAGAAGACAACACCACCACCAACAACAACAACCACAACAUCCACGCUACCACCUGUCAUGACCACGACUGGAGGCAUGACUAGUACUCUUCCUCCUUUCACUGGUAAUCAUACUGCAAGUACAACAACACCAUUGAGUUCAAAUCAAACCAAAGUGGAAUCACCAGCAUCCAAGUUUCCAAGCUUCAACAAUACUUUCGGAGGCUUUUCAGCACCACCAACAACAACAACUCCUUCUAAUGCUGGUAUUGGCAGUUCCAUGUUCAACUUUUCAGCCAUUCAAAGUGGUGGCAGUGGCAACAAGACUGAUUUUACUCUACCACCAAAAACACAAUCUUUUGUACCUCCUACCAUGACCAGUGGUAGCAGUAGUACUUUUAAUAUGGGUGGUGCUGGUAGUGGUGGUGGUACUAGUAGCAUUAGUAGUGCAACAGCAACAACAACACCUUUGGAUAUCCAUGCACCCAAAAAGACAACACCACCAUCAUCAUUCAUCUUCACUCAAAAUCAACCUUCAGUGAGUACUGGUACAUCUCAACAAACAACAACACUCACGACUCAACCCUCAUUGACCACAAUCCCAACUGUGACUCAACUUGCAAAAAAGACGAGUGAAAUGACAAAACAUCCUCUGCAGCAGCAACCAACAUAUUCAAAAACGAGCCAAACAUCAACCAAAAUGGUUGUACCUUCGUCUGCAUCAUUGAAGAAGAAACCACUCACUCCUCAAAAAGUCAAGCCUAAAUCAAACAAGCAAGUGGUAUUACCAUCUUCUAAAUUAAUCUCACGACCUUCUAUUCAGUUACAACAAGCACCAAGAAGAAAUGUUUCAAAAGAUCUCAAAUCCACACUUGCUGCUUAUGAAAAUAACGUGAAAAAGGAUUUGACUAGAAUCAAAUCCAUGGCAUCCUCUCAAGCAGAUAAGAAAAUUUUAGAAUUUAUUAAUCGAGUCAUUGAAGAGAGUCAUUCCAAGAUGAAAAGAUUUCAAUCACUCAUUUCAAACAUUCAAGCCAUUGAAGAACACGCAGAUAAUGACUUUAACUUUACCAGUGAAGAUUUGAGAGUAUUAAAAAUUAAUAUUGAGAAUAUUUCAAAGAAUGUCAUCAAGAAGGAUGAUGACACGAAUACUCUCCCACAGAAAGUCUCUCAACUCUUGGAUCGACAUGUCAAAGAUCGUGCAUUGGCAUCCUUUUUAGAUCGUCAACUCCAAGAACUCAAUGAACAGCAAAGACAAAAGACCACCAUACAUGUCAUGGCUCCUAGAGGUCUCGAUGAAGAUGCUCAAACUCUCAAAGAUAUGAUUGAUCAAAAGUAUUCCAAUGUCUUGUUGAAUAUUGAUCGUUUGCAAGAAUUAAUUUUGAAAAAGAAACAUGUGCCUCUUAAAAAACUUCCAACAUUAUUGUGCCUUCAAGACACAUUGAAUUUUCAGAGAAAAAAGGCUAAUGAAUGCAGAGAAAGAGUCUUACAAUUAUUGGAAAAGAAAAGAAAAACUUUAAGUUCCAUCUCGCAUCCGCAUGAACAAAAAGGCAAAAACAAUACGAUCACCUCUUCGCUCAUGAUGGCAGCAGCACGUAAAAGUUAUGGCAACCAACUUGUAUCAAGUGGCACAUUGUCUAAAUUUGACCGUCUAAAACAAUUGCUUAAUCAGAGAAAACCUGAUACCAAUGUAAAACCAUUGAAACCUAUUUCUUCCGUACAAGAACAAGAGGAAUUGUUGGAUUACUAUGAAGAAGAGGAGGAGGAAGAGGAACCAUUCUUCAGUGGUGAUGGUGAUGAUGAUGGUUCUGAAGAAGAGGAUGAAGAAAUUAUUUACGAUGAGGAAGGUGAAGCAGUGAGUCCUAUUGCCAAUCCUCUCAAUGACUCGUUUAUUGAACACUCACCAUCUCUACUCGAAGAAGAAGACGACGACGAUGAACAAGUUGACCUCUUAGAGGAAAAGAGUCAACAAGAAGAAAGAGAUGCAAAGAGAAAGGUAUCCAAUGGAGGUGGUGGAGGUACUCUUUUCAUUUCACCACCUCAUUCUAAUACCACCACUAAUACCACCACCACUACCUCUUCUCACAAAGAUUUGAAGAGUACAAUAGUAGCACCUUCUUCUCAAAAACCACCACUCUUUGAAACAACAACAGAAUUCCAAAAUCAACCAUCAUCGUCAUUGACAGGUUCCACCUCUACUAAUGGAGGUUUUAACUUGGGCAUGCUGAAUAAGCAGCAACCAACACAACCCACUGCUACUACUGCUGCUACUACUUCCGUACAAGUGCAACCGAAUAUGAUUACAUCCAAGCCAUCAACGACAUUUGCCAUGCCAUCAUCUUUCAACACUUCAACGACAGGUGCAUUCGGAGGAGGCGUCAAUGUUCUUCUUGGAAAGGAUUCAAAGACAUUCCCAACAUUGACAGAUACUAAAAAGGAUGAAAAGAAUCAAAGUGCAGAAUCGUCAACAGGUGUUACUCCAAAACAAGUACCAACAACCACUUCCACUAUUAAUAGUGGCUCGACAACCUUGUUGAACAGCAGCAACACUCUAAAACCAUUCACAACAGCCACAACUACUACUCCCUCACUCGCACAAGGUACAAACAAUCCAUUUGCAUUCACACCGAACACUACCAGUAGUAGUACCAGUGGUAAUGUCAGUAGUGCUCAAUCAAAAGAUGUUUCAUCCAUUUUCCCUUCCUCUUUCUCAACAACCAAAUUAACCAACCCUACCACCUCCUCAACAACCAAUAGUAGUAGUACUGGUGCUAUUACUAUUGGUGCUAUUACUAGUACUAUUACUCCAGAAAAGAAUACAGGAAGCACGAGCACUGGCAUUGUUAAAUUCUUUGAUACUCCUCCCAGCAGUAGCAGCAGCACUGAUUCCAAGUCCAUACCUAGUAUGUCUUCAAGCACCACCAAUGCUUCUACAACACCUUCUGGUUUUAAUUUAUCAUUUCCAUCAUUGACAAGCACCACAACAAAUGUUCAAUCAAAACCAUUCACCACUAGCACCACCACCUCCAGCACUUCUCUCUUCUCUUCCAAUACAAUGGCGAGAGAUGAAAAAGAAUCAUCAACUCUAUCCAGCAGCACCACUUCCUCUGCUAAUACGGGAACAACCACCAGUAGUAAAACUCAGGCUGAGACUGCUCCAACAACAACAAGAACAACACCAGAAUCCUCCUGGACAUCAGUCGCCACCAGCAGCAGCAUCCCAGUCGUUGUUGGUGUUGUUACUAAUAAGGAACAACAAGAAAUCUCAUCAAGCAAGGCUUUUAUGGAACCACCAAGCAACAAUAGUCAGCAGCCACCUUCAACAAAUUCAUCACCAUCAACGACUAGUAGUACAACCAGAGCUGUGAGUGAGAACCAACAGACUUCACCUUCUUCUGAAGUCUCAUCAACAAAAACUACCAUUGCUCAGCAACCACCACAAAAGAUUGGAGAGACUAAGGAAAGUACAACAGAUUCCACAACAGAUUCCACAACAGAUUCCACAACAGGUUCCAGCAGCACCAACAGCAGCACCAACAGCAGCAGCAGCACUAGUACAACAGCUGUUGUACCCAACAACAACAACACUCAACAAUCCAAUCCCACAAAUACCACCACCACCACCACAACAGCUACUACUACUAAUGCCAUUACAACAACUACGACAGGUUCUCCUUCAUUCACCUCAUCAUCCACUAGAACUGGAGGAUCGUUGGGUCCAACUCUACCCAUGUCAAAUGCUGCAGUUGCAUCUCAAGUUCUGCAACAACCAUCUCAGAAAACAACAGAUGAAAAUGACAUGGAUGAAGACAUGGGUGGAGAUGUUGUUGGCAUAGGAUCACUCUCUUUGGGAGGCACAACCACCUCGAGUGGCAGUACCUCCUCUUCAAUGUCCUCUCAGCCUUCAUUUACUUCAUUUUUAUCAACGAACAGCAAUCCUAGUGGUGGUGGUGGUUCGAGUGGUGGUGCUAUGAGUGGCAGUGGUGGCAGUGGCAGCAGUAAUACUUCUUUUGGUUUCAUCAAUACGAGUAUGGGAUCGACUCAAAAAAGUGCCAUUUCAAGUGUAUUCCCAACCUCUACAAGUAGUUCUAUGGGCAGAGGUACUACUGGUAGUAAUACUGGUAGUAGUAGUAGUAGUAGUAGCUUCUUUGAACCUCCAAGUACUCAGAAUGCACCCUUCUCCAAUCCAUCCACAAGUUCAAACACACCCUUCUCAUUUGUAUCCAAUAACUCGUUUGGAUCAGGUGGUAUAUUUUCAUUUGAUUCAGGAAGAAACACAACAGGAACAGGAGGAUUUGGUAGUGGUGGUGGAUUUGGUCAGCCCUCUUCAUUCUCUUCCUUAUCAAAUACUUCAUUCCAAUCGGAUACAAGCAAAACAGGAGGUGCUGCAUUUGGUCAGUCAGGAUUUGGAUCGAACAAAUCGAAUACCAUUGUCAACAACAACAACAACAACACCACUGCUCCUCCUCAUUCAAGUCAAUCCUCAACAGGUGGUGGAUUUGGAAGUGGAGGAUUUGGUAGUGGUGGAUUUGGAUCAUUUUCAAAUGUCAGUUCGAGUGGAUCGAGUGCAUUUAGUACAUUGAGUGGUGGUACUGCCACUAGUGGUGCUAGUCCAUUCAGUGAAAUUGCUGCCAAUUCAUCCUCAACAACCUCUUCAUUCUUACAACAAUCCAGCAAUUCACCACCAUUCAGUUCAAACACCACCACUGCAGGAGGAUUUGGAAGUGGUACAUUUGGUUCAUUUGGUAGUUUUGGUAAUACCUUCCAGCGCUAG